AUGGCUUUCGCUGCACCCCCACCCCCAAAGACCGCUCUUGGUCACUAUAGAAUGCUUUCCCCCACAGCAUCAGUUAGAGUGAGCCCUCUAUGCUUGGGAGCAAUGAACUUCGGAAAUGCCUGGGAGAGUUUCAUGGGAGCUUGCGAUCAAAAACAAACCGAGGAGAUAUUGGACUUCUUCUAUGAAUCUGGUGGAAAUUUCAUUGAUACCGCCAAUAAUUAUCAAGCCGAAGAAUCAGAGAAAUGGAUUGGUGAAUGGGCUGAAAAGCGUGGGAUUCGAGACCAACUUGUUAUCGCCACAAAGUUCACAACUUGUUUCCGAGCUGGACAUGGCGACAAAGAAAUUUUGAUCAAUACUACCGGAAACGGAACAAAAUCUCUCCAUUUAUCUCUCGAAGCAAGUUUAAAGAAGCUGAGAACAUCUUACAUCGACCUUUUGUAUGUUCAUUGGUGGGACUUCACUUGCUCGAUUCCAGAACUCAUGCAAUCCUUGAACGCAUUGGUCUUGUCCGGAAAAGUUCUGUACCUUGGAAUUUCGGAUACACCGGCUUGGAUUGUAUCGAAAUGUAACCAAUAUGCUCGUGAUCAUGGAUUCCGUCAAUUCUCAGUGUAUCAAGGACGCUGGUCUGCCGAGAACCGUGAUUUCGAGCGUGACAUUAUCGAUAUGGCUGCCGAUGAGGGGAUGGGGCUGGCUCCUUGGGGUGCAUUGGGAGGUGGCCACUUCAAAAGCGACGAGCAACGCAAAUCUGAUGAAGGACGAAAGUUGUGGGAACCAACCGAGGCUGCUAUCAAGAUAUCUAAGGUUCUCGAGAAGAUUGCAAACGAGAAGAAGACCAUAAUCACUAGUGUAGCAUUGGCGUAUGUGUUGAAGAAGGCGAAAUACGUAUUCCCAAUCGUUGGUGGAAGGAAGAUUGAGCAUCUGAAGGGAAAUAUUGAAGCUUUAUCGUUGGAGUUGAGUGAUGAUGAUGUCAAACAAAUUGAGGAGUCAAACGCGUUUGAUAUCGGAUUCCCUCAUAACUUCUUAGGAGGUCCAAACGGGGUGAAGACUCCAGGUGAUGUAUGGCUGAUGAAAUCAGCUGGUAUAACUGAUCAUAUUCAACCAUCCAAGCCUCUUUCACCACAUAAGCAAUAA